GAGGUUGGAGAGAAGAGUGCCACUACACUUGACCGAAGAGUGCAUCGCAACGAGAGCUGCCAUCGAAGUUGGAGUGAGUGGGUUUACUUUCCUACCCAAGAGCUCUCUCAAUGAUUCUGGAAUGCCCGAGAGUGAAUCACACUCUUGGUAUGAAGUGAGUUGCAAGUAGAGACUCGAGUUAGCCCUGUAGCUCGUCGCUCAUGUGCCGGAGGGCUGGGAAGGUCACAGGGUGGAUAGUAGAGGAGGCGAGGCGAGGCGAGAAAGAAAAGCGCAGGAGCAACCGAGGGCUGAUUGUUUAUUUGCUGAUCUGCCCCGAUUGUUUCUGAUUCCGAAAAACAGGAUCGAAAAUGAAGCUGUCAGUUUUGGCCCCGGAUGAGCGGAUUGUGCCUCUCGAUGUGGAGCCCGAUGAGCUGGUGGAGAAUCUGAAAGCUAUAUUAGAAGUUGAGACCAGUAUACCACUCAAUGAACAGCAGAUUUUGCAUCAUGGGAAGGAAAUUCCGAACCACGGGCGACUCAAUGCGGCUGGGGUAGUCGAGAAUGACCUCUUGAUGCUUGUGUCCUCCACUCUCAGUAGACAAAAUGGACCUGGACCAUCUCCAAACGCAAAUCCCCUAGCGUUGAAUUCUGAUGGUUCUGCAGCUAAUCCAGCUGCUUUUUUGAAUCAUCUUCGAGGAGAUGCAAAUAUUAUGUCUCAACUAAUGCAGAGAAGCCCUGAGAUAGGCAAAGCAAUAGUAACAGGUGACAUCGAGGUUAUGCAGAGGUUUCUCAGGCAACAACAUGCGCAUCAACAACACUUGCGAAGUCAAAUAGACCUGAUGAAUGCGGACCCAUUUGAUAUAGAUGCACAAAGAAAAAUUGAAGAGGCUAUACGACAGAAAAAUGUGGACGAAAAUUGGGAGGCUGCAGUUGAACAUAAUCCUGAGGCCUUCGCGCGAGUGAUUAUGCUUUAUGUGGAUAUGGAGGUGAAUAGUGUUCCUCUCAAGGCAUUUGUUGAUAGUGGAGCCCAGACAACAAUUAUUUCUAAGGACUGCGCAGAGCGUUGUGGGCUUUUACGUCUACUAGACCGUCGCUACGUCGGUAUUGCCAAAGGAGUAGGGCAGUCCGAAAUUGUGGGGCGGAUCCACGUUGCUCCAUUAAAGAUCGGAGUAAAUUAUUAUCCAUGCUCGUUCACAGUGCUUGAUCAGCCUGAUUUAGAGUUCAUUUUUGGCCUCGAUAUGCUUCGCAAACACCAGUGCUCCAUAGAUUUGAAGGACAAUGUCUUACGAGUAGGCGGAGGAGAAAUAGCCGUGCCCUUUUUGCAAGAGAAGGAUCUGCCUUUAAAUAUAUUGGGGAGUGAUGGGCCUCCGCCCAAAGCAGUGUCAACGCCGGUAGAUAGUAAAACUGGUAAAACAGUGGCCAAUGAGUUUGCACCAGCUCCCGUACAAGUAACGAGCGGAGCAGGUGGCUCUUCAGACCUAUCAUUGGCUCAGGCUCAAGAAGCUAAGAAGCGAGCGAGGAGUCCACAGAGUCCUGAUGAUUGAAAGUAAUGAAUCUUAGUGCGUUGGUGGCUGGCCACUUCUGGCGAGAUUCUUUCAGUUUUUGCGAUUCCCUGCCUCUCCUGGAAGGAUCUAGAAGUGAAGGUGACGAGGUUAAUGGAGCUGGGGUUCGACAGGGAAGCAGUCACGCAAGCACUUUCCCUUUGCAAUGGGAAUGAGGAGCAAGCUGCCAGCUUUUUGUUUGGAGGUUGAUGGUUACACAUGGUCGCACAGUUGGAAGUAGAUCCCUUUCUUUUUGGUGUUAGUACAGUUGUGUUGUUUAAUAUCGGGAACCAGCUAUGUUGCUGGUUCCCAUUUAGCUCACUCAAGUACCGAGCAUGAGCUGGUUAGGAUUAAUCUGCUAGAAAUUUGGUCCUCUCAGCGAUGUCCAUUUGUGAAUGAUUUUCAUGCCGUCCAAAAUAUUCAGGGUCGAGAUUGAAACCCAUUAGGGUCAAGAUUUUUCACCGAUUGAGAAACAUCAAGGCAUAACGUGAGUUGCUGAGAACUAUGAUAGUGGGAAUCACAUCUGCUAGAUCAACCAUACUCUCAAGAAGUAGUAUUCGACAUAAGUGCCAAAGAACUCAACUAGAUGGGAGUGGACAUUUUUCUUGGUACUUGCGGCCAAUUACCAAGACCAAGCUUCAUUGAUAAUGAGUUUUUCCAAAAAAACUGAUCUAAAUUGGCAAAUUUUUUCCCCCCUGGACUCGUGCGAAGUGUACACAGUGUUC